AUGAUCUGUCGGAAUUACAAAAUUGGUAAAUGCCUAAGGGCCAACACUCCACUAUUCGCAAACAAUCAGAACUGGCUUAGACAGUAUAUAACCCCUAAAAGAGAAGUAAGCAGUAUGGUGAAUAAUAUUUUCAGAGAUAGCCUAAUCAUUAGUAUCACAAACCCAACACAAAAAAGAAUAAGCAGCAACAUGUUUACACAACCCGAAAUAGUUAUGCGUAUUAAACGUUUUUAUAAUCCUCGAGAAAAUAUCAACUGGGUACUAAUUCGUUUUAGACAUAGAGUAUCACAGCUACGAAAAAAAAAAUUAAAAUAUAAAAACCAUUCAAAGGUUGCCUUACGAUUUCGCUUAACGAGAUUUGGUUGGGAAAGGUUACAGUCAGGUAGAAAUGCAAGUAAAAAAAAUCUCUCCGUUAAAAAAUACAAUGAAAAAAUGAAAAUAAAAUACGUUUCAAGGGAUGAUAUAAAAAAGUUCAAAUUUCAAAUGCCCAGUUAUGUGUUAAGAAUACGCGACUCCCCAGUUGAUUAUAACCCAAACAUAAUGCGUGCUCGCAAAUUUUUACCUUCGCACUUUGGAUGA